UUAUGUAGAAGUAAUUUGAAAAUCUGUUGUGAAUUUUGGACAUUAAUUUUAACACCUGAAUGUAAUGUAUUGUAUCCACUUGAAUAAAUACAUUGUUUAGCAAUUAAUUCAAGCAGUUAACAGCCAAAGAUUGUUUUCCCACUGAUAUAUAAAUCUUUGGUCUUCAGUUCUCUUGAAAUUAUUUUUCAGUGAGCAUUAGCUUUUAAGAGACAAAUUGGCUAUUGUGCAUACUGUUUCUUGUAUGAGUGUCUUGCUAGCUUGGUCAUGAUCUUUAGUAAAGUUGUGCUCUCACUAAGGAAUUUAGACCCUUUGGCUCUUCUAUGAUACCAUGCAUUUUCUGUUAAUAUAUUUUAACAAAAAGAAACCUUAACAAUUUAACCCUAAAAGCAGUUAUUGAAUAUUAAUUCCCAGGUAUCUACCCUUUUGUUGUUGUUGCUGUUAACAAUAAUAAUAAUGCCUUUUAGUAUUUUGUGAAGCACUGUCUUGCUUGCAUUUUUUAUUAAUCAUACAGUUUAGGCCUUUUGUAAAUAGCUCAUAAAGGCAGAUUGAUCAUAAAAGAACUUUAAUGUUUUGAAAAGCAUGCCAUAUAAUAGAGUAAAAAUAAUACAUUGAUUACUACACUUUCUUAGAAGUAAUUGUUAUAUUUAGAAAAACAAAAAUUUGGGGGGUUACUGGUUGCUUUAUUAUUGUUGUUCCAGCUAGAAGCGUGAUAAAAAGGAACUGCUAGCUUUGUUUUGGUUUGAUGAACAGACCAGACCAACAGCAGAAAUGAGAUGAGAAGGAGACUGGAAAGUAAAUGCCGUAGUAUCGGUGUUGAAUUUUGAGAGUUUUCAUUGGAAGAGUUUAGAGUUCAUUGGUAGGAGGAUGAAAUGCAUAGUGAGCAAGGGAUGACUAUAAGUAAGGGGCUAACGUUAAAGGCAGUUGCACAAUUAGGGUGUUUAAAUGGACUCUACUUUUAGGUGAAAUUUUUCUUUGUGGGAACUGAUUAGGAGACUAAAGUUCUAAUUUCUUGAUUGUUCCUUUUAAUCUGUCUUAGGGUUUUGAUGAUGGUUAGCUUGCUUUUAAAUAUCUAGACUGGAAGGUCUUAACCUUUGGCCUUUCAAAGGCUCUGUAAAUCUCUGUGCAAAGUUCUGUGCUUGUUUUCAUUUUGGUGUGGAGUUUCCUGUAAGUUUUAUCCUAUUUUCAGAGUGGUCACUGUAUCAAAGGAUUAAAGAACUCUGAUCUAGAUCUUUGCUGCUUCUUCCUUAGGGAAUCCUUUCAGAAAUAAGUAAGAAUUAAAUAUAGUUCAAGGCUAACAUUUCCUGAAAUUUAACUUUAAGAAGAAAAAGCUUUUCUAACAUUUUAACAGAUUAGUUAGCUAUUUCAUUAAAUACUUUGAUUUUGAUUGAAGUAGCUUUUCUGAAAACAUGGGAAUUUUAGUUUGAGAUUAGAUAAAGAUUGUUUAAUAAUUGAUGAGUUUAAGUUAAGUGGCGUUUAAAUUUUAGUGAUUUCAUUACUUUUUAAUCAUGGAUCAGUAAUUUCUUUUUGUUGAAUAUGUUGGUGGUAUCAUAAUUAUAGUCUGUAGAUUUUUUUAUCGUCAACUAUAAUUAUUGAUUUAUGUGUUAUUUUCUUCCUUGGUAAGACCUGUAAGUUUUAUAAUUUUCAGUCAAGGUAAUGUAUAAUGUCUGAGCCUUAGGCUACGCAAGGAGUUAGUGUUUCUAAAUUUGAAAGAACCAUUUUCAAUUGGUAGCAUCUUUUCCUGAUUUUGUUGUUGGUGUUAAAGAAGAUAAGUUCAUAACUUUAUAUUUAAAGGUUCUCGUGAUAGUCAGAUAUUCUCUCGAAGAUCCUACAACAGUGCUUGGUUUAUAAAAAAUGUGUAGUAAAUGAUGGCCUAUUAAAAUAUUUGCUAUAAAAAUACAGUACUUUCUUUCCCUAAUUCAUACAGUUUAAACUCUUCCUGUUCCUUGAGUUUAGGGUAGUCUAACAAAUACUGGUAUAGAAGUGAAUCAGUUACAAAUUAAAUGCAUGUGUACCAUACAGAUCAUUUUAAUAAGUAUUUUUACAUAUUGAGAAGUGACUUGCAUUAGUUUUCCCCUUUCACCAUCACCUCUUUGUCAUUUUGACCCUAAACUUAGUAAUAUCACUCCUAAAUUGAUCAAAAUAUGCUUAUGUAUACUUUUAAUAUAAAAUUAUAUUGCAUGGCUUUCUGACUUGGGUUUUUGUUGUGAAAGUGCCUGUUUUGUUCAUGUGUCCUGAGAGAACAAGCAUUGUGACAUACCUGGCUAACUUAAAAGCAGAUUGCCUGUGAAGCACAAUUUGAGUCCAAUUUUUUGAGAGAUGCCCGAGUGGUAAAAGACAUGGCAACAGGAAAGUCUAAGGGAUAUGGCUUUGUCUCCUUUUUCAACAAAUGGGAUGCUGAAAACGCCAUUCAACAGAUGGGUGGCCAGUGGCUUGGUGGAAGACAAAUCAGAACUAACUGGGCAACCCGAAAGCCUCCAGCUCCAAAGAGUACAUAUGAGUCAAACACCAAACAGCUAUCAUAUGAUGAGGUCGUAAAUCAGUCUAGUCCAAGCAACUGUACUGUAUAUUGUGGAGGUGUCACUUCUGGGCUAACAGAACAACUGAUGCGUCAGACUUUUUCACCAUUUGGACAAAUAAUGGAAAUUCGAGUCUUUCCAGAUAAAGGAUAUUCAUUUGUUCGGUUCAAUUCCCAUGAAAGUGCAGCACAUGCGAUUGUUUCUGUUAACGGCACUACCAUUGAAGGCCAUGUUGUGAAAUGCUACUGGGGCAAAGAGACUCUUGAUAUGAUAAAUCCCGUGCAACAGCAGAAUCAAAUUGGCUAUCCACAAGCUUACGGCCAGUGGGGCCAGUGGUAUGGAAAUGCACAGCAAAUUGGCCAGUAUAUGCCUAAUGGUUGGCAAGUACCUGCCUAUGGAAUGUAUGGCCAGGCGUGGAAUCAGCAGGGAUUUAAUCAGACACAGUCUUCUGCACCGUGGAUGGGACCAAAUUAUGGAGUGCAGCCGCCUCCAGGGCAGAAUGGCAGCAUGAUGCCUAAUCAGCCUGCAGGGUAUCGAGUGGCAGGGUAUGAAACCCAGUGAAAAAGGACUCCAGAAUCUAAAGCCAGUGGCUUGAGGCUACAGGAAGUGUAGUAAAGCCGUUGUUUACUUAAAGAUUUAUCAAAUCAGUCAGUGCAAAUGUCAGAUACAAUGUAUUUAUUUAAAAGAUUCAUUUUUUAAUCAUGAAAUUACUUACCAUCCACAUUGUUUUAAAAAGAAACAAAAUGCUGGAUGUCUGCCAAUUUUUGCCUUCAUUACCUUUUUUGAUAAAGUUUCUCAGAUCCUUGUUUCAAAUACAAAUGCAGGGAUUGCUGCCACUUUUUUAAAAUUGAGGCAGAAAAUUGCACAAUGUUGAACUUUUUUCCACUGAAGUAGUGUGCAGUUCUAGUUUGCAUUCCUGAUGUGAUUUAAAACAUGUAAUAUAAAGAUGUUAGAAAAAAGAAAAACCAAAACUGUGCAGAGUCUAGAAGUUUUUUGUAAUCUUCAGCUUAUGCACAAUUCUGUUUUAGAGUUUUUUUGUUUUGUUUUGUUUUGUUUUGAAAAAGACAUUGUUUAAACUGUCCCAUCUCCACUGUUUUCCCUUUGGGGUUUUUUAAUAUAAAUUAUUAGUUUACAACAUUUUUGUAUCUACAUUUUUUCAUAAAUUUGUCUUGCCUUAUUAAAGUUCUGUAAAGUAUAACUGGGAAAAAUGAUGUUCAGUUAGGUUGAAAACUUUUCUCAGAUGGAUUGAUAAUUGCAUUCAUCUUGUGUUUUAUAUGAGAAGGUGCCUCAAGAAUUCCCUGUUGAAUUUGUUUAAAAGGGUUUUUAUCUUCUGUGAUAAACUUCACUGUGUACCAGGAAAUAUAAAAACAAAAACUUGUUACUAAAGAAAAUCUCUGAAAUGUGAUAAGUUCUUAUGAACCCAUGUUAAUUUCAUGUGUCAAGUUCUACAUUUACAUGUGUUAUUUCAUUAUGUAAAAUGUCUUAGCAAUUUAGUAUUUUGCACAGUUAGCAAACUUUGUCAUUUCCUCCUUAAAGGCAUCAUGCAGAGUUGACAGGAGAUUUAUAAAGUUUUGUUUGCAUGUGAAUAUCAAGUACACACUUUGGUAGUCUUUGAAUACAAAAUCAUCUGCUCUUGUUUUUCAAGAAUUUUGAGACACAAAGUUGUAUGUAAAUGAAUAUAUUAAUUUGCCAUUUUCUAGUUAUAUUUACUCAAAAAGAGUAAAUCAACUUAAUAUGUACAAAUGAUAGCUAUGAAACUGUAGAAUAUCCUUAUGUCAGGCUUGGGGUUCACUGUGAACUCCAAAGUGUGCCUGAAUGACCAGCCGGGCAAAACAUUUUUUUAAAUGUUCAGAGGCCAAAAGAUAAACAAAAAAACCCUUGAAAUCCUACCUCCUUAAACAGCCUUCAAAGAGGAGAGUCCUCAGUGCAAUCAUUACUUUGAUUCUUUUGGUACCUGUUUUCCUGGAGUUCCCAAUUUUAUUAUUUUGGGGUGGCUCCGAGCAUUAAGAGGUUUAAUCUUUGAUGGCAUUGUUCUAGUUUUGAAAUUUCUAGUACAUUUUGCAGUCUCUUAGAAGAGUUGUGGGAGAUUUUGUUUUGUUUUGUUUUCAGUGAAAGUCACAAACUCUCUGACUCACAAAGGGGAAGGGUCCUCAGUAUACAUAUUUGGAUGGCUGAUUGUUUUUUUAAGACCUUCCGAGAGCUCCUAGCAUUUUAUUUAGGAAUAGAAGGCCUGUGAAAUCUUAAGAGUUCCCUGGCCUGUAUCUUCCAGGUAGGAGCAAAUGACUCUAAGCUGGUCUUUAAGCCAAGACUCUUGUAAACCAGAGCCCAGGAAAGACAGUUCCUAAGUGUAUAAUUCUCUGGAGCUCAAUUCUAUGCAGUUGUACUGAUGUUUCAUUAAGUCACUGUGUAUUUUAAGUGUUAAUACAUUAAAAGUUGCUUUAUGGAAGAUGAGUAAAUUUUUUCAACACUUGGAAAUUUUAUUUCCUUGUUAACUUCUACAGAUCAGGGCAUGCAACCAAAAGCAUCUUAAAUGAAAUACUCAAAAAAAUAAAAUAACAGGAUGCUGUUUUUAGAUUCUUCUGGUUUAUGUUCCUAUUUUAGGACCCUCAUUAUUUUCCUCUUACUCAAAAAUAUCUUAUGUCCUAUACAUCUAUGGAUGGACUGCAGGAUAAAUUAUUUGGGCAUAAAUAAUCUAAGCAAAAGUAUAGUUUUUCUUUCAUUUUGACUGUUUUCAAGUAUUAACACUUUUUAUUAGCCAAUAUUUUCUUAUUGCACAAAUCUUAAAAUGUACAUGACUACUUUUUAAGAAGAAAGUAGUAUUACUCAAAGGUUUACUACUGAACAAAUUCACAUUUCAGGAACAUUGCCAACUUUGCUUUAAAUCUUAACUCUUAGUGUUAAAACAAAUCAUUUAAAAAUUUACAGUCUAAAAAUCAAACUGUCACUAGUUAUCAGGUAAGGAAAUUAAAGUUUUAAAAAUGAUUUCAUUCUCUGCAAGAUGCAUUCAGAUUUUACUUUAAAAUACAUCUGGUACUGUAAAGAACCCAGAGUGGUUCCUACUUAAUGGGUCACUAUCCAGUAUUCGUUGCCCUGACUAUUUGGAUAUUAAAGUUCCUUUAUGUUUUGUAUAA